UCACCGUGAAGCGUAACCCCGACCAACCACCCACGCUGGGGUUCAUAAGUAUACAUGUAGAAUCUAGUCUUAAUAUGUACAAGCUUUGCCAACACAGCUGUUCGGUGACGUUCUACAGAUAUUGAUGAAAAAAAAUCAAUGUGGCCCUAGCUAGCCCGCCCAAUCAGACGCCAGCGAUGCCUGCAUUGUAAUGUGUAUUAUGUUCAAUAUCGAUUCCGUGUGCAUUCUCAACACGUCUCGAUGUGGUAAAUAUGUGGCUCGUUUAGUGCACUGCCCUCUCGCCAUGCCUGUAAUUGUCAUGCCGGUUAGUUAUAAGAAUUAGCGGAUGAUUAUUCAUGAACAAGUUUUUGUGUUAACGGACAGAUCUGCACGAAGGCAGUCGGCCAUAUAUUGUCGUGGUUCAUGGAUUCUCCAUCUUGAAGCUAACUGUAGGAUGAGGCGUGAUUUUGCCGUCUGAAGUGACCAACACGCGGCUGGUGUGAGUUUCGUUGCGUGGUCAACGUUGCUUACCGCGGACAUCUGACCUCCAACACCUUCCACUGUUAGGCAGCUACCAUUUUUCCUCAUUCCCAGGCACUGACUGACCAGUCUGCUGUCACUAUGGCAACCUAAGUUCUAGCUGAUGUCAGGGUAUGUGACAGUUGAGUGAAGCCAACACAAGAUGUCCGAUAUGAGUGACAGCGAGCAUACCAAUCUGAUGUCCUCAGGAUCUCGAGGUAAAGACAAGAAAUCACCAGAUUGGAGUCGGUAUGGGUUAAGCACAGAACAACAGCAGGCCUCAAAGUCGGCACCAAUUCCUCCUACCUCCAACCCCCAUGAUGAUGCAGGGGGAUUUGACGAAGGAAGACAAAAUGAACUGUUCCGGGAAGAUCAGAACCUGUCACAGCAGCCAUGGUGGAAGUCCAACUUCUUCAUCUCGGAGCCGGUGCUGUUUGCGUGGGACGGUGUGUUUACGUCCUGCCUCAUCAACAUCCUCAGCGUGGUCAUCUUCCUGCGUAUGGGAUGGAUUGUGGGUAAUGCUGGAAUCGGACUAUCGAUUGUGACAGUGCUGCUGUCAGUGUCUAUUGUGAUGAUCGUGGCUCUCAGUGCUAUAGGGGUGUGUGAGCGAUGUCAUAUGGAGAGCGGCGGCGUGUACUUCCUCAUCUCCCACGUCCUGGGUGGACGCAUUGGCGGCAGCGUUGGCAUUAUCUACUGCUUUGCUCAGUCGGUCAGCUGUUCUCUCAGUGUGAUGGGUUUUGGCGAGUCUAUCAUGGAGCUGAUUGGUCAGUCCAACCCCUGGAUUGCCAGAGGCAUCGCUUUUGGGAUUGUAUUACUUCUGCUUUGCAUCAAUGUGGCGGGCGUCAAGUGGGUGAUUCGGCUCCAACUCCUCCUCCUGCUUGUGCUCUUCUUGUCUGCCAUGGAUCUCAUGGUCGGCUCCUUUGUACAUACAGAUGCAGAAAAUGGAGUCAUAGGCUACACUGAGAGGAACUUCGUCAACAACUCAGGUCCCGAUUAUGCCCCUGGGGAGAACUUCUUCAGUAUAUUUGGCCUUUUCUUUGCCACGGUAACGGGUAUCCUGGCUGGAAUCAACAUGAGUGGGGACCUGAGACCCUUCUACAACAUCCCCCGUGGCACCCUGGCUGCUCUGGGAGUUGGGACUUUCCUGUACAUAUCGUUUAUCCUCGUGCUGGGGGCCACAUGUCUACGUGUGUACUUGCUGGAGGACUAUAUGAUAGCUGAAAAGGUGUCUGUUGUGGGAGUGCUGUGGUUGGCCGGACUCUACCUCUCCUCUGUCUCAUCCUGUAUGGGAAGUCUCUACGGGCCUCCAAGGAUUCUCCAGUCUAUAGCCAAUGAAAAUGUUAUACCAAUUAUCAAAAUCCUUGGUCAUGGGCGAGGACCCAACAAGGUUCCAGUGUAUGCACUGAUCGUGAUAACCCUGGUAGUGCUGCUAUUCAUCUGUGUGGGGCAGGUGAACACAUUGGCGCCGGUGGUCACAACAGCUUUCAUGUUGACAUACGCAUCUAUAGAUUACUCCUACUUCGCUCUGGCCAUGAGCUAUGACCGUCGCAAAGACAGAGAUGCCCGGUUUACUCACACUGGUUCCGGAUAUGGGGAUAAGGUACGCAAGUACAGUGCUGACAGUGAACUGCUUAACGGAGGUAUCGGGUACGGGGCUACCGGGAAAUCAGUUGAUGUGACCACUCAUAAAGACUCGUUUGAAAAACUGGCUAAUGACCUUGACAAACUGUUUCCCGAGCGUCUUGCGCAGCGGGGCCAGCACCACCUGGUGAGACAAACCAGUACUAAUAGCGGCAGUAAUGUCACAACGCCUGAGGCAGACUUUGAUGCCACGAAGAGGAAGAUAUCGGUUGAUGCCACAUCAGAGAAGGGUGAUGAUGCUGACACUUCUCAGUUGCUAGGUGUUAAGAAACUGCCUAACACGGAGAUCACAAAACAGCCGAGGUCAUGGUACUCUGUGCUGUGUAACAGAUGGCUGUCUCUCCUGGGGACCAUGGUCUGCAUGAUCAUCAUGUUCUCCAUCCAGUGGGUGUACGCUCUCGGGGAAAUCACAGCCUUCCUCGCUGUAUACUUCUACAUCGGACACUCCAGCCCCGGCUACUUCCCAGGUAUUGCAGAGUUCAACUUGUAUGAAUGGAUUAAAAAUGGCAUCCUAAGAUGUUGCAGACGUGGACCAGAUCCCCAAGAACACAUCAUCGUGGCUCCGAAGACACCUGCCGUUCAAACUCUUGCAGCUCAGUUGACGGCAGACAACGAAGAUUUUGCCAACAGAGGACGUUACCACCAGUCUGAGAUAGUCCAGGGCGAAAACUUUGAUGACUACGACAGUGACUGAGUGAAACAGUUACUGCUUCCAUAUCUUAUAAACCCAUAGCCAAAUAUCUCUGUUGGUCCUUCACGUCCAUGGACCACUUUAACCCAUGGGUCACUUAAUCCAUCAAAACCUGUGCAAUAUUCUUUAGUGCAAUUUUAAGAAAUGAAAUGGCCUUUCAGAAGGUCAUUUAUUACAGGGAAAGGAAUCACCAUGUAAACUAACAUUAUCUUAUCAAGGGCUCAUGGGUGGGUAAGGUUUGAAUUUCGGGGUACACUUUGUUGCCAACAAACACAUAUACUACUUAAUAAGGGAUGCGAUUCCAGUUGUUGUGUUGUUAUAUAGUAUAUGUAGAUACUUAACAACAAUAUAUAUUUCCAUCACAAAUCUUUCUAGAGGUGUCAUCUUGGUUGAACAUCUGAUGGCGUCAUAUUUACAGUCAUCCAAGAAUAUACCUCUUUUAGAAAGAAAAAAAAAGGAGUUUAAAGCUUUGAUUCCAAUAUACUGAAACAUCCAUCUGUUAAUCUUUGACUCACAGCUAAGUGAACUAUUGCAACUUCCCCUGCUAAAUAACUUCUCUAACAAUGUUAUUCACUGUCUCUUGCUAAAUUAAAUAACAUUAGUAUCUGCAGCCCCUAAUCUAUUAGUAGAAGACAGUGAAAAUCUAGAGGGGCUUUGUGCUCUAAAAGUAGUCCUCCGUAAACCACUGUUUAUGAAUGAAUGAAAAAGUUGGAUGUUAUAAUAGUGUUAACCACUGAAGCGUAGUCCUGUGCCAAGAAUCACCGUUUCAGUAACAUUUCAUCACUGUCGGAUUUCAACACUCUUGAGCAUGAAAUAUGAACUAGAAAACGUCCCCUUUUGAAGAUAACGAUGUAGC